UUUGUAAUGUGGUGUGACGCCACUAAUCUCAAAGCUACAAAUCUGAGGCCCAUUCCUCUGUACUCCACAUAGACCUCUGCAACUCCCCAACAGCAACUUCAGAUCUACUUCAGACUUAACAAGAUCUGAAGUGCUAAGAAGAUGGCAGUUGUGAGUGGAACCUAUCGUAUGGUGUCAGAAGAGGAGCAGGCUCUCAGGGCUAAACUGGAGCACCUCACUGUCAAGGACCAUGGCCCUGUGUUUGGAACAUGUACCAGCCUGCCAGAGCACACCUUGCAGAAGGCCAAGGAUGAGCUCAACGAGACAGAUGAGAAGAAAAUAUCCGCUGUGAUGGAACUACGAGGAAUCAUAAAGGAGAAAGCAAAUUCAGGCGAUGACUUGGCUAAGGGGGUUCAAGACACCUUUGGAACAAAGCCAGACAGUUUGCUGGUCCGCUUCAUCCGGGCUCGGAAAUAUGACGUUCCCCGUGCCUUUGAGCUAAUGAAGGGUUAUGUUCGCUUCAGGAAGGAGUACCCCGAGCUGUUUGAGAACUUGACACCAGAGGCUGUACGCAGCACCAUUGAAGCAGGAUAUCCGGGCAUUCUACCUAUCAGAGACAAGUAUGGACGUGUGGUACUGCUUUUCAACAUUGAGAACUGGGACUACGAGGAGAUCACUUUUGAUGAGAUACUGCGGGCCUAUUGUGUUAUCCUGGAGAAGCUGCUGGAGAACGAAGAGACUCAAAUUAAUGGCUUCUGCAUCAUUGAGAACUUUAAGGGCUUCACCAUGCAGCAGGCAUCUGGCAUCAAGCCCACUGAACUGAAGAAAAUGGUGGACAUGCUGCAGGACUCUUUCCCUGCCCGUUUUAAGGCUGUGCACUUCAUCCACCAGCCCUGGUACUUCACCACCACUUACAAUGUCGUCAAACCCCUCAUGAAAAGCAAACUGCUGGAAAGAGUGUUUGUUCAUGGGGAUGAGCUGGAAAACUACUACAAAGAGUUUGAUGCAGACAUUCUUCCUGCUGAGUUUGAUGGAAAGUCUCCAAACUACGAUGGAAAAGCAACUGCUGCCAAGCUAUUUGAUUGAAAUAUUAUCCUACACAGCACUUGGAACCUGUGAAUGCUAAACAAGAUUAGAUUGUUAAACAGUGGACUGCUGAUCCUAAAGAAUAAAAUAAUUAUGAAAAAAACGACUAUUU